UCCGCACUGUCACAGAAGCUUCGGUGGGCAACAUCGGCAGUGACGCUUCUUAUAAUAAUCUCUGUUAACCGUCGCGAUUAUGAGCGCCAUCGAAAUCAAGGAUGUCUCUAAUUCAAAUGAUGAAAACGGAGAAGACACAGAUUGGGCAGCAGCUAAGGUUGCUUUUGAGAACUUGAAAUCUACGAAGAAACCCCGACCUCCCAAACCUCAGCAUGCAGUGACCAUCGCCGUAUCCUCGCGUACACUGUUUAAUAUGGUGAAAGAAAGGAAAAUAUACGAAGAGGAGGGGCUGGAGCGAUACGUUGCCUACCAACAGCAGCACGAGGACGAGCCGCUGAUGCCUGGGGUGGCCUUUCCGUUCGUAAAGGCCUUAAUGACCGUCAACGCCCGUCUGCGGGAGCUUUACCCAGACAGCGAGGAACUCUUCGACAUUGUCCUGAUAACCAACAACCACGCCCAAGUCGGGGUACGCCUCAUAAACAGUAUCAAUUACUAUGAUUUAACAAUUGAGAGAUUCUGCAUGACUGGCGGAGAAAGUCCGAUUGGUUAUCUGAAAGCCUACAUGACCAACCUCUACCUCUCCAAGGACUCUGAAAAAGUGCAGGAGGCCAUUGGAGAAGGGAUUGCAGCCGCCACCAUGUUCACCACGCGGAAGGAGAACCCGCUCAGCGACACCCAGCUGCGGGUGGCCUUCGACGGCGACGCCGUGCUCUUCUCCGACGAGUCCGAGAUCAUCGUCAAGCAGCACGGCCUGGACACCUUCUUCCAGCACGAGAAGGAGUUCGAGAACUUGCCCCUGGCCAAGGGCCCUCUGAAGUGCUUCCUGGAGGCCCUCGGAAAGCUCCAGCGGAAGUUCUACACCAAGAACGAGCGGAUCAACUGCCCCGUGCGGACCUACCUGGUGACGGCCCGCAGUGCGGCCAGUUCCGGGGCCCGGGUCCUGAAGACCCUCCGGAGCUGGGGCCUGGAGGUGGACGAGGCCCUCUUCCUGGCCGGGGCCCCCAAGGGCCCGCUCCUGGAGAAGAUCCGGCCCCACAUCUUCUUUGAUGACCAGAUGUUUCACAUCACGGGGGCUCAGGAACUGGGCACCAUUGCCGCCCACGUGCCGUAUGGGAUUGGGCAGAAGUACCACCGGGGUAAACUCAUCCAACAGAACCCAAAGGGAAAGUAGCGGGCAAGGGUAUUAAAAAAAAAAGGGUCUGUUUCACAGGCACAGAUUAAGACUAGUCCUGGAUUAAAUAGUGUUUUGUAUAGAGACUGACCAUACAGAACUUAAUUUAGUCCAGGACUAGGCUUAAUCUGUGCCUGUGAAAUUGUCUGUACUGUGAACACCACAGCAUUAACUAUAGCUGGACUGCCCUCUGAGGGUGGGGGUCCAUUUCUCUGUGUUUUGUAAUUUCUUUGUCUCCCUGCUGAUAUAAAAGUUGUACUGUCUGCUUUGAAAACAAAUGGUUAAAUGAUUAAACAAGAGCGAACCGAAGGAGCUUCCAGACUGGACCGAGACUAUUCUGUCUUUACUGUACUGUAUGUCCUUCACUGGAAACUUCUGAAACACUGGACAGUUUGCACUACUGUAAAGUAUCACAAAUUAUGUAUUUGUUUCAAGGAAAACAACACCAACAUUUUUGGAAAUUUUCCGACUUUACCCAGACAAGAUGGAGGUAGGCUACUGACUCUAAUAGGCUGCUAAGCUAACAGGUUUUGCUAAGAUGGAAAUUGAGCCAGUGAAUGCACAAAAAUGAAAAUGAAAUCGAACAUCUCGUCUAAGUCUGGGUAAGUCUUCCCAAAAUGUUGGUGUUGUCCUUUAAGAGCUGAAUUCACGAAGGUCACAGUUUACAAAAGAGAUUGAACAGAAACACGGAUGUAAUAUGUGUUAUAACUUCUCUUUCAUUGUAUUGGUGUGCAUCCCUAUCUCUGUCAAUUCCCUGCCUGCCAUUUCUAUGGAAUCCUGUGUGUUCUUUAGACGUAAGUCCCUGUUUAUUGAGCAAAUAAUACUAUGCAUGUCAGUGUUUUUAUCCAUCUGCUUGUGGAUUAACUGUACCACCGAACCACUGUCUGCACAGCUAUAAGUACUAAAUGUACUGAAACUAUGGCAGGUAUUUCUCUUAGUCACUUUCAAAACUGUAUUUUCUUGUCAGAAAAAACAGUUGUUCAUUGUACUGUACACACAAUGACUACUCAUGUUUUAUUCUGUGUAAAGUGUCCAUUAUUUACCCAGGACCUGAAUGCAAAAAACUGUUAUUUUAUUCAUUGUUUUUAUUUUCCUUUACCUGAAAUCAUUAUUUAUGAGAAAAAAAAAUGUCAACAGUGUUCAACACAGAGAAUGUUACUGGAAGAUAUGUAUUUGUACUAAUGUAUAACACUAUAUAAAAUGAUUAUAAUUCCUGUUUUAGAAUGCCUUCAGUUCUUCAGAAUGUUCAAUGCCUUAUUCUAUAAGGUACAAUAGGUAAGAUUUCUGUAUUAAAACAUUGUUACAAGAC